AUGAUAGGCGUUCCUUUAUCAACUCCGAUUUUUGGUGAGAAUCCGAAAGAAAAGAAACCGAUAGAGGAGAUAUGUAUUACUGAACAGAAUCCUUCCGUAGUGAAAGAUAUAAAAACGAUGACGGACGAACUCGAAAACGUCAAAGUCAAUGGGUAUAACAUUUUAAUAACAAAAAACACCAUAGAAGAUUAUUGUCACAAUCACCACGUGAUUGUGUCUCCUCCCGCAACGAGUUUCUGUCAACUUUUUGAUGUCAAAUUGGCAGAUCCCGAUGAACAAAACGAGAACUUGAAACUUCUUGAAAAUGAAGAGGACCGCGCUGUCCAAGCGAAAGUCGAGUCAUUAGACAGUCGGAUGGUCUUAGGUCUUGACGAGUUAGGGUACCAAUGUGUUAUAGGAGGGUCUCUGAUCCAUUACAAGCGGAGCGACAAACAAAUUCCGCGGCUUACGCGACACUCGAAGAUGUCGAGUACGUUACUUUGUAUCACCAAAUCGUGUGAAGUGGUAGGCUCCUUUUUGAAACUUGGAGGGAAGAAGAAGCCGCCGAUGUGGAGUCGAGAGUAUAGUGUGAUGACUUCGAACGGGCCGUGUCCGAAGAGUUUGACUUUGUAUUACACGGCCGAUGAUUUUAAGGCGUGGAUGAGUGAUGUGAUUGCACCGUAUUGCAAAACGAUUCGAACCAAAUUAAACGAAGAAAAAAAAGUGAUCAUUAUAAUGGACGUUUUUUAUAAACAAUUUGUCGAUGAACUGAACUUAGAAAGUCAAAGCGACUUCACCCCUCUUUACACGUCGCUGCAACAAAACUCCCAUUUAAAUCCACUCAGCGUCGUCAUUAAAAGGUCGCACGAGUACUUGAAAAACUUGAGGAAUUCAAGAAGUCGAAUUAUUAACACCGGAGAGAUGCUGAAGACUUGUUUGGCGAUGUUGAAAGAGAGGAGCUCAAAAGAAGAAGUGAUAUAUAAGGAAAUGGUCCAAUUGACACCAUCGAAUAAACCAAAUUCAAGCGAGGAUAUAUAUAGUGAGGAGAAUCGUACAGGAGACAGACAUAGAGAUCUACAGAAAUUGGGGUUCAAAGAUAUUAACGAACUGAAAGAUCCUCGGAGGUACUUAAAACCACAUAAACACGACGAAGAUGUCGUUCAAACAGUUAUCUCUGAUAUUCAAGAGAUUAGCGACAUAACAGAGGACAAAUUGGUAUUCAUCGAUUUUGUGAAUUAUCGCGUGGACGGUCAAAUCAAGAGGAAAAGUAAAGGUUCUGAUAAAUUGAACAAACGAUCGAGUGUCAAACCAACACAUCUCGUGGCGGUGUCACCUUCAAAUAAUUUUGUGAGACAUUUAGUAGCGAGUCAAGCCAUUACCGAUGUUACAGAACGAAGUAAUGUCACGAAAAUGAUUAAAACGAUUGACCAGAAAUGCUUGGGGACGCAAGAUGUUAUCACCUUCAUCAUAGAAAUAGCACGAGAGUUCUGGAUUGGGAAGGAUGGGAUAUAUGAUCACGCCCUUUUGGUACUACCGGAGUUCUUUAAAUCCUUUUUAGAAGGUGACACGAUGGAGAAGUUAGCGCGGGAGACGCGAUUUGGCGUGUUGUAUAUCAACGACGAGUUGUUUCGGAUCACGCCGUGCGAUGUGAUAAUCCGCGACACGUUCGACUCGUUGAUCAUCAGAGGCGUCAUGAAAGAAAAUUAUGUUGCAAACUUUGUGACGUCCCUUCGAACGUUUUUCAAGUACACUAAUGAAGAGAAUUUGGGGGUGUGGAAGUACCUUCGAAAGCACAAAAUUGUGUCGUUAGAAAAGGUCAUGUUAACAUUAGACAUGACGGAAGAUAGAAGUGGAGUCGAAGUGAUGAUGGUUCGAUACACCAACAAAGAGAGCAAACCGGCGAGACGUGUGUUACAAGUUGAUUUCAAUGAAGUGUUACCGUUUCAUCGAAGAGCACUCAAAACGUUAUUAGAGAGUGAAGAAUUAGCGAAGAAACGGAGUUGGAAAGAGCAACAAGAAGACAUCAUGAAGUGGCCGAUAGACUAUUCAUCGUUUGAGAAGGUGUUUUUAGACAAGUGA